UUCAUCGUCAGAACAUAAAAGUUCGGAUCAACGCCACCGGCGACACCAUCGUGAUGAAGUUCGUCCGUCCGAACCCUGACGUGAAGCUGGAAGGUUACAUCCUGGGAUACGGCAGCAGCGUGUUCUCCAAACAGUUCAUCCAGCUGCCGGAGAAUGGACGAACCUACGAGGCCGAGAUGGACGCAGAGCCCAAGUACCUGGUGGCCGUUCAGCCAAUCCCAGUCAACGAUGUGAAGAAGCACUGCACAGGUAAAGUGAACCUGGAGAAACCGCUGCACCUGGUGAUCGGCUCCGUCAGCCCCACGGCCGUGCUGCUGUCCUGGGGGAACUACCUGAAGACGCCGUACGAAGGAAACAUCAUGAACGAGUGUCUGGAGGACGGGUUUUACACCAUACGCUACAGAGAGAGGAACAGGAAGUGGAAUUAUCAGACCUGCCCGACCAGCGACACCGUCAUCGACAACCUGAAACCAAACACGCCCUACGAGUUCGGCGUCCGAUCCAAUAAGGACGACCGCAGCGGCUUGUGGAGCAAACCAGUCAUUCACAACACCAACAUGAACAAUAAAAACACACAGAAGACGUUUAAGCUGCAAAACCCUCUCAAACCGCUG